CUCUCUUUAUUGUGUUGGCGACGUUUUCCAUGCGACUUUCUUACCCAAAUGUUAGCUUGUAGAGCCUAAAAAUGGACAGGGACGGCUAUUCUAUCUGGAUUUUUCAGCAAAAUGUUAUAAUUGUUGCUAUCUACAGCUGCUUGUUCUUUUUUGUUGUGUUUUUUUGCUAUGUAUCUUUGAAAAAUCGAUCUUGGAUGGAGUUCAGUGGAAAAAGAGUUCUGUUGGUUAUUGCUCACCCCGACGACGAAUGUAUGUUUUUUGGACCUGUAAUUUAUCAUGCUUGCAGAGCGGCUUCGUCGUUUUCGCUACUUUGCUUAACUAAAGGCAACUAUUACAAAAAAGGUGAUGAAAGGAAAAAGGAACUUUUGCAAAGUUGUAGAAUAUUGGGAAUAAAAAGUGUCACCACUUUGGACAAUCAAAAUAUAGUUGAUAAUCCAAAUGUGAUGUGGAAUGCAAAUGUGGUCAGUGAUAUCUUACUCCAGCAUAUCCGCACCCAUAACAUAAACUUGAUUAUAACAUUUGAUAAGUAUGGUGUAUCGGGACACCGUAAUCACAGAUCAAUAUAUCCUGGCUUGAAGCGGUUAAUAGAGCAGAAAUCCAUUCCAUAUAUUGUCUCAGUUUAUACACUUGACAGUGUAAUGUUACUGAGGAAAUAUAUAUUUGCACUUGAUCUCAUUUGGAGUUAUUUCACGCGAAGACUCAUUUAUGUCAGCAGUCUUAGCCAUCUUCUACGCUGUCAGAAAGCAAUGGCUGCUCACAAGACACAGUACGUCUGGUUCAGAAAGCUAUACGUCAUCUUCUCAAGAUAUAUGAUCGUAAAUACACUAACGCAAGUUUAUGGUUUUAAAAGAAAGUGAUUUUAUAUAAAACUGAGAGACGUUUCUUCAUUUAAAUUCAAGUAAGGAUAAUUGCGACAAAAGUCGUAAGGUAGGUAGGUGAAACACUUCGUUUGUCGCCGAAGAACUGAAGGAAGAAACGCACGUUUUAUUUGAAAAUCAUUUGUCAAAUGUAACUUAUUUGUUAACUGUUUCUUUUUAAAGCUAUUUUCGUUUAUAUGAUUUGAAAAAUCAAUUACAUUGUUCGGUAAAAUUUUGAA